GAAUUUUCAAUUUAGUCAUUGAGUAAAUCGCGAUGAAUAUGCAUCGUUAAGGACGGUUACGUACGCGUUUUUUCCCUCAUAAAUGAAGAAAAACAACAACCAACUAUACAAUAAAAGGUUUGUGUAUGUAGUUAUCUAUCUAUAACACUACAUACACACAGAUACAAAUAUGUACAUACACAUAUAUACAACAACAACAAGAAAAUAUUCAUCAACAACAACUAAAAGAAGAAUAAUACAAUAAAAUAAAGAAAAAUAUAUUCAUAUCUAUAGUAUAUGUAUAAUUAAAACAAUUUCAACAAAAAAAAAAUACAACAGCAACAACAACUACAUACAAGCAAAAGAAAAUCUAAUAAAAACAAAUUACUACAAAAAAUCUAAGAAAUAUUUAGAGAAAAAUAAAAAGUAUAAAGAAAAUUAAUUUAUGUAUAAUUUAAAUUGAAGAAAAAAAUAAAAAAUAUAAAGUAAAAAUAAAAAACAAAACAACAGCAAAAUUUAAUAGAAAAUUAAGUAAAUUAAAUUACAAAAUACGCAAGCAAAGUAAAGUAAAGUGAAGAGCAAGAAGUAAGAAAAAUAAUAUGUAUUUUGAAGAAAUCAAGUAAAGAAUAAAAGAAAGAAGCUGAGAAAAUAAAAAAAAUCAAGUAAAAAUUUAAUAAAAAAUAAUAUUGUAUUUUAAGUGUUAAAGUAGAAAAAAUAUUCAAAUGAAUAAAAAUUGUCUAAAUACAACAACAAAAAUAAAUUACAAAAAAUUUAAUAAUAAAUGAAAAUAAAGAUGAGAGUGCAUUAUUAAGCAAAAUAUGUAGAAUGAAAGAAAUUCAAAAUUAAUAAUAAAUACCACACAGAGAGAAAAAAUAUGUAAUGAAAUAAAAAGCUAAUUCAAGAAAAAGUGAAAAUACCUACCCAUCUAUCUAUAAUUUCCAAAAAAAAAGAAGCAAAUCAAUCAUUAAAAAUAUUAAUUAAAUCAUUUUUAUUUCAUUACAAAUUUAUGUUAUUCAAUUAUAUUUUUGUUUGUGUACCACCUACCUAUCUACCUACCUAUAAAAGAAAAUAUUAUAAUUUUUUUUUCUUAUUAAUUGUGAUUGAAAUUCUUAUUUUAGUGAAUGAAAUUCACCCAUAAUCCAAUGAAAUGUUUAAAAAGAAUUUGUAAAUAUAAAAAGAAGAAAAUUUUAAAUACAACUGCGUUUGUUUGUUGCGGUAGAUUAAUUCUGAACGAAAAGAAAAACUAACGUGUCUGAAUAAUAACGAGUUCGUUUUUAGCAUCCUGGUCUGUUGGAGGUUUUGUUAAACUGAGGAUUAUAUAAAACAGUUCAAAACCAGGACACUAAAAAUAUAUAUGUAUAUUGUAUGUUUUUUUGCAACGCAUCUAAUAAAGGAUUACUUUUAAUGCUUAAAAACUACUACACCCAAAAAAAGGAAUAACACAACAAAACCACAACAGAAUAUAGAAAAAAAACUUGAAAAAUUCGAAAAUCGGGCGCGUCUCAUAACGAUCGAACACAUGAAAAAGGUGCUGAAAUAACGGUCGGUUCGGAAAAAGUCAUUUUUAAAAAUGUCGCCUAAAAAGUCUAUAACAAAAAAGUGAGCAAAGUUAUAAAACGGUUAUAAAUUUUUGGUGAAAUAAAGUGUAUAUAAAAAAUAACCACGGCAAUUUCCCUCAAAAAAAAAUAUAAAUAUAUAGCGAAAAAUCUAUAUAGAAAUUAAAAAAAAGAAAAAAAAUUUCAAAAAUAAAUCGAACCAAUGAAAUGAAAUUUUGCAUGCAAAUAAUAAUAAUAAAUAAUAUGCAGAAAUGAGAAAACAAAAUAUCGCUAAUUGACGAUUUUUGUUUUCACAGCAAAAAUUUUUGAAUGGGUUUGGAGUGCGCCCAUUUAAAAAAAUAAAAUUCGCCUCCAUGAAGUUUCAUAAACAAAAAUGGUACGAGAGACCAACAACGUUUGUUUUGGACAAAUAGCCCAAGAAACACAAGUUGUUGUACGUGAGGAUAAUAAAAGAGAUCAUUUAAAACGGUAAUUAACAUGUUUAUUUCGUCAAAUUUGCAACAUCUUAUAAAAAACAAUACAAAAAAUUGGUCUACAGAAGACGUAUCACCACCGAACUUUUCAGAACGGAACAGUGGCUACUAUGAACGCAAUUCUCGUUUAGUUUCCGAAAGCGAUUCCUAUCUAAGGCGUUCAAAUAACAAUAAUUAUCAAAGUAGUAGCAGUAGCAGCAACAACACAAAUAAUAGCAACAGUAGUAGUAGUAGUAAUAAUAAUAGUUCUUCAAAUAAUCCGGAUAAUAGAAGUCGUACACGAGAUAGGUUAUAUAGAAAUGGUCCUAACGCUGUGGGAGUGUCAACAACAACAACAACAGGUUCAUCAGCAGCAACAUUGUUAAGUGAAAGAACCUCUAGUGGCGCUAGCAGCAAAAUCAAUAAUAGCCGUGUGCCGCCUACGUCAUGGUACGAAGCUGCUGCGACGUAUACAAACGGUCCUGGUGGCAGUGGCAAUGCCGACGUCUCAGCAGCAAAUAUCAAUCACUAUCAAACUGCCGCCUCAACAGAAUUACAAGCAGCAGCCGCAGCAACAACAAAUUCCACCACAACCUCAUCCUACACCGCAUAUUCCUACGCUUCUUCACCUGCCCACAACAACAACAACCACAAUACAACAUCGACGACGACCACGUCGUCCUCACGCAAUUCUACAUUUUACGGCAAAGAUACAGACAAAGAUUCCGAAACGAAUUUGUCUACAACGCCGCCGUUGUUAAAUAAGAAUAAACAUAAACUUUUAAAGUCUUCAUCGUUACGCAGUGGUUCAGCAUCACCUACAGCAUCAUCCGCAUCCGCGACGUUGUUAAUUGGUGGAGUGUCAGGAGCUGUGUUGGCUACAAUGACUUCGUCCUCGUCAACUGCAGCUUCUACGUCGUCAUUAUCAUCGACCUCUAACAAUAAUAAUAAUAACAAUAGCAGAAGUAACCAAACGGCAAAUAAUAGUUGUAGUAGCGUUAGUAGUACAAUCAAUAGUAGUAAUACAAAUAAUAAUAAUAGUUUAAGCGGAAUCAGUAGUAGUGUAAAAAAUACAAAUAGAGAUGACACACAUAGUGGUAGCGGCAACGUUAGCGGGAUUUUAAAUGCCGCCGCGUUAGCAGCAGCUGCCUCUAAAGGUGGCUCGUCGUCGUUAAGUGAUGGCCACAAAAAUCAUAGCAGUAGUGUUGGUGGCGUUGCAAAUUCCUCGUCUAAUGCAUCUGGCAACACCUCUUCCAAUAAUCCAUCAACAUCCGCCUCGCAUCAUACAUCGCGUUCGGCGGCGCAUGGUCAUUUUCAUGGACGCAGCACUACUUCAUCCAGCCGUUCGCAUUCCCGUUCUCCGAGUAGCUAUAGUUCGUCUCACAGCUCUUCUUCGUCGUCCUCUUCAACCGCCUCGUCACAUUCACAUGCCUCCAGUCCGGUAGGCGGCCGAGAUGUGGAAGUCUCAUCUGUAGCACAUGCAUCGAGCAGCCGAUCCGGAUCACGUAGUCUACAAUCGGCUGUUGCAGUGCCCGGCACAUCGUCCGGCUUGAAUCCCAGUGGCUCAAAUGUUUGUGGCAGUAGUAGUAGCAGUACAAGUUCAACUAGCUCUGGUACACCUACUGGCAACCCCGUUGUACAUUCCGAAGACAAUCGUCCCCUGGCGAUACGUGUACGCAAUUUACCUGCCCGUUCCUCGGACACCUCCCUGAAGGAUGGCCUUUUCCACGAGUACAAAAAGCAUGGCAAGGUGACGUGGGUCAAGGUUGUGGGUCAAAAUGCCGAACGUUAUGCUUUGGUGUGUUUCAAGAAACCCGAAGACGUUGAAAAAGCUUUAGAGGUAUCUCAUGAUAAACUAUUUUUUGGGUGUAAGAUCGAGGUAGAACCAUACCAGGGCUACGAUGUAGAAGACAACGAGUUUCGCCCCUAUGAAGCUGAAUUGGACGAAUAUCAUCCGAAAUCGACGCGAACCUUAUUCAUUGGUAAUUUGGAGAAGGAGAUCACUGCCAGUGAGUUGAGGCAACAUUUCGAAUGCUUUGGCGAAAUUAUUGAAAUCGACAUUAAAAAGCAGGGCAUGUCAGCCUAUGCAUUCUGUCAGUAUUCCGAUAUUGUAUCUGUGGUGAAGGCCAUGCGCAAAAUGGAUGGCGAACAUUUGGGUAACAAUCGCAUUAAAUUGGGUUUUGGCAAAUCAAUGCCCACAAAUUGUGUAUGGAUUGAUGGUAUUGGUGAGAAGAUCUCCGAGUCGCAUUUGCAAUCUCAAUUCUCGAGAUAUGGAGCUGUCAGCAAAGUUGUGGUGGAUCGACAAAGGCAAUUAGCCUUGGUAUUGUAUGAACAGAUACAAUACGCCCAGACGGCUGUCAAAGAGAUGAGAGGUGCAACCUUGAGGGGACGUAAACUUCAGGUGGAUUUUGCCUCCAGAGAAUGUCAAGAUGCGUUUUAUGAGAAACUGGAAAAACAAAGUGCAGGGUCGCGCUUUAAUCGCUAUGAAUCGCAGUCACGAUCUCGUGCUUCUUCAUUUAGUCGUCACCAAAAUUCGAAUGAUGGCUGUUCUCCAGGCAAUACGCCGGGCAGCAGUAGUAGCAGUAGUGCCGGUGUACCAUCCUCAGCACCAGCUCUAUCUUCUGCCAUAGUGGCAGGAUCAUCUGCUCUCUCCGUGUCUAAUACCGCCAGUGGCAAUACUCUAGCCUCAGUGGUGGGACAAACAUCGGGUAAUACAACGCCAGCACGUAGUCGAGGUUCUCGCAGUUCUCGACACACCAUGGACUAUGAGUAUCUAGAUACACGUAGAUUUCGUUCCUGUGAUGAAUAUAGUCAGGGUUCGGCCACAUCGCACGAUGAAGACAACUCGGCUGCGAAUCAUCCGUCAUCCAAUAUAAACUCGUACAGUGGUAUUGGUCUGCGGUCCGAUUCACCUCUACUUUCACGAUUGGGCCCCAUAGUAAAUAGUAGUGGCAAGGAAUCCAGUAGUGAAAUGCUGGAGAUGGCUUUAAGCCGUCGACGUUGUGAUAAAAGUCCCGCUAAACAAAAAGGUGAUAUACGUUUAUUUCAAAAAGAACGUGCUGUUCUGCUGGAACAACUAGAAGAAUGCCCGUCCAGUGGUGAUGAGAGUAUAGUGAGCCCACGUAAACGCAUUAAAAUUGAUCAUCAUUCCAUUAACUCCUCCAGUGGAUUGACACAAUCUCACUCGUUGGAUGAACAACAGCAACAACAACCGCAACAUAAAAACUCAAACUGUGAUUACUUAUUAAAUGAUCCAAUGCAUCGUAAAAGUGAGGUAAGACGGCUGUCUGAAUGCAAUAGCAGUCUCAACAAAUAUCCAACACCUCAACAAAAUCACCAUCACUCUCAUCAUGCGGUACCACCACCGCCUCCACCCCAUCAUCACCAUCAUCAGCAACAGCUAAGUCGUCGACCGUCCAUUGAUUUUAUGGCGACAAGUGGUGGUGGUGGUGGUGCUGGUGUAGCAGGUGGCGUAAGCAACUUGUCAACACGUCAUAACAGUACUAGUAGUUCAAACAGUGAUCAUCACCCGCCACCUCAUCAGUCUUCGUCGUCGUCUUCAUCAUCUUUGGCAUGCAAACGGCGCCGUGUUAUUGGCAGCAGCAGUAGUACGGUUGUUUCAGCAGGUUCGUUGCUGUCGGGUUCUACUGGCGGCACUUCAAACUUGCCCGCCUUUGCUAAUGACGACAGCCACCAUCACACUUCGAGAGGUCGUGGUCAUCAAUUACAUUCCCAUCAUUCGCAUGAGGCAAGUGGGGGCGAAAGUGCAGACGGUUCACGACCUGGCACUCCCUUGUGCGACGAGCGUCCCGAAGUUUUGCCCAGUGAACCCAGACGUGUUCCGCGCGAAAGACCACGAGAACCAAUGGUAUUGCCUUUGCCCAAAUUCGGUAUACAAUUCUUUCAGCAGUACCGUAAUAGCGUUGCGGCAGGGAAUACACCCUCCUACCAUCACCACCAUCAUGUCGGUUUCAGUUUUACAAGUUCUUCUGCUGCUGCAUUGGGUGGAGGCAACAACUCGGGAAACUCACAUCUGCUGUCAAACAGCAUUAUAAAUCGAGGGGAAGGCGGUAUUAGUAAUAAUAGUCAUUCUAGUCUUAGUCAUAGUUCUGCAACGAUUACGCCAGCAUCGGCGGCACCCACAGGGACGUCAUCUGGCAGUUGUUACCUACCAAGUCCAUCGACUCGUUAUCCUCAUUGGCGACCUAAUCACCUUCAGCACCACCACCAACAGCACGGUGGCGCUCAUCAUAGUGCUUCAGGAGGAGCGACUCCAUCGUCAUCAUCCUCCAUGGUUAGCCCCAUGAGAUCACGUUCUCUGAGUUCGAAUUCCAGUGAUUCUGAUAUUCCUGGACAAUCAGCAACCGGUAGUCCCUCGUUAGAGGAACGCAUACGUAGUUUAGAUGAAAUGUACGAACGUUGGUCGGGUAGUGGUAUGAACAUGAGCAAUACAGCGGUUGGACCUAAUGUGGUUAAGCGUCACGAUUUUAACCACACACCGCCGAUAUGGCAACAUCAUCGUUCUAACUCGCAAUCAGAUUCGCAUCAUGCCAGUACCAGUGAUGGUAGGUCCAACGCCACACCCUCAACAUCCGCCGCCAGUCGCCACAAAUUUCUCGACAUCGAUGUCAAAGAAAUCAAACCUUCAGACAUUGUCAAAUCGGUUUUGGCGAAAAAAUCGAUUUUCGAUGAUGAUUUGCAAAGGUUAAAGAAAAACCAUUGGUACGAACCAUCUUCGGAUUCUGGGCAACAAACCAAGGCUAUAAUGGGGGUAUGCACCUCACCGGGUCUACCAAAUUUGCAGGCUACCAAAACACCUGUUGUGGGAUGUACUACGACUUCAGUUGCGGCAUCAGCUGCUUCCAGUACGUUGAAUAAGCCAUCCGGUAAUCUAUUGCAACGUUUGACCAGCAUUUCGCCCAUGAACUCACCACAAGCCUCAAUGUCACCCCACAAUAGCCCUUCACCUUCGCCUUCAGUGACCCUUAAUAGUGUUCCCACGGUUGCCAAUCCCACUAUGACUAAGGCGUCAUCACUAAAUAAUGUAAGUGGUGUAACUGGACCGCAAACGACAACCACUACAGCCGCAGCUUCAACAUCCCCUGCAGCAAGUGGUGGCACAAAGUGUCUGCAAUAUCCCUUUCCCACGCAUCCACCAUUACCAAAUACAGCUGCUCCAGUGCAAAGUGCCCAACCAAUACCUCCACCUCCGGCCGAAAGUUCGAAGCCGUCUAUGGCUCAGCCGCCUUUACCUCCAAUGGAGGUAUUACAACCACCUCAACCACCAGCUACGUCACCUACUUCUUCAACUGGAUCAUCCACAAAGCCAAAGACCUCAGCUCUUUUAAAAAGUUUAAGUGUACCGCCACCGCCUCCUACGACGGCAACGACGGAAUCACGAAUUUUCACCAAAUCAGUAUCAGUUCCUGGCAGUACAAACUUGGGGACAGUAAAAUCCACUGCUGAUGCUCCAGCGGUGAGUCUCACAGCUGCUCCUCACUUAGAACAAAACCAACCUCAACAAACAACAACCGGUAGUAGUUCCUUACACCCCUCAAAGUCUCACAACAAAGAAGACGAUACGAUUGCUAAACCUCCUAGCCACACUUCUUCCGCCUCCACCUCCGAUAGCGUGGUUAAACGUAGUGAGAAAUCGCACAAACACAAUCACCGUAGCAGUGAGGAUAAGAAAUCUACGAAGAGUGACAGAAGAAAAAACUCAAAUUCUUCACAGUCGCACUUAUCGCAAGCAUCUGCAGCGGAGUCUAGUGAUGCUGACGAACAUGACAGCAAAAAAGAACGCAAAGAGCGACAAGAACGACGAGAAAAAGAGCUGCGUAAACAACAAGAUCGCGAAGAACGUGAUCGAGAAGAGAAGGAAAGGCUGGAAAAAGAACGUCUGGAAGCAGAGCGGCUCGAAAAAGAUAGACUUGAAAGGGAACGCUUAGAAAAGGAAGAACGCGAACGUGUUCAACGUGAAAAAGAGCGCUUACGGAAAGAAGAAGAGCAACGGGCUAAGGAAGAACGUGAGCGUAAGGAGCGAGAGGAAAAGGAGCGCAAGCAAAAUGAGCAGAAAGAGCGUGAACAAAAUGAGAGAAGAGAACGCGAAGAAGCCGAGCGUCGAGAACGGGAGGAACAACUGCGCAAAGAACGCAAGGAGAGAGAAGAACACGAGCAAAAGGAAAAGGAGAAAUUGGAACGGCAGCGUAUGCGUGAAGAAAAAGAGCGUGAACGUAAAUCGCAAGAUGAAGCUAACAAUGAACACAAGCGCGAUAUUAAUCUACUAAAGGAACACCAACGUCGCAAAGAAAAUGCCUCCAGUCAAAGCCAAACGAAAACUGGUAAUGACAUGGCUACUGCCACAAGUCAAAGCGCUCAUGACUUCUUUCGCCAAGGUGAAACAGAACGCCAAAACAAUAAGGAAAACUCCACAGACGAAACAACGGCUGUGGACACACCUUCUGCAAGUAGUUGUAAACACAAAAAUCGUAAAACUUCACGUAAUACAUCGCCAGUGAGACAUCCUAAACGCAGACUCAGUUCCCAAGACAGCAACGCCAGCAAUAGUGCUGCUUCGGUGGCAUAUACUCAGACAGACGAUCAUGCAAAACGUAUGCGCAUUGAUUUACAAUCAGCUGCCAACCAGCCUCAAACGUCCGUCAAUAAUCACAACUCCGUUAAUAAUGCUAUAAAUGAAAGACGCGAUUCUAAAGAACAUCAUGUUAAAGAACGAAGUAACAAACACAAUCGUGACGCAUCAUCGGGGCACAAGGGAGGUAAUACUGCAAACCAAUCCAAUGAAAAGGAGCACAACAAACAUCAUCGUAAUAAACAUCAUCACAAAGCUCAACCAACAAGUCAAGCAUCUAGCGAAGCAAAUGAUGUAAAUGUGUGUAAACAGGAAACUGAACAUAUAAACUCUAAUUGCACCGCUAAAGCUGAAGAUGACCAACAAAAUAUUGAUCAUGACAUGGAACUUAAACCUAAGAUUCCUCCUUUACUUUCCUCUGAUGAUGAUGAAGGCUCUGAGAAUCCCAAUACGACAACUCAACAUCAUAAUAAAAACGUCUCAGGUAAUCAUAAACAUAGAGAACAUGGCAGCGGUCAUCACAGUCGCCACAAGAGUAACAAACGCGAACGUGAACAUCAUCGCGAGAAAAAGAGAUAUUCAUCAUCCACAGGGCCGCCAAAUUCAGCAAACAUAAAUGAUUCAGUGCCUUCUACUCCCCCUUUCGCGAAUUGCAAUGUUACCGAUGAAGAAAUUAUGUCAUCAGCCGGAAACCAAUUGGCACACAGGCGAACCUCGGGCCAAAGUACUGUCUUUGAAUUAAAUACAAAAAGCAAACAUGAAUCGUCUGAUAGAAAACUGUCUCGUUGCUCGGAAGAUGGUAGUGCAGCCCAACCACAGACACCCUCACACCGCCAAAACAACUUCAACAAAAAUACGCCUCAAUCAUCAGCGAGAAGAAUGCUGCUCAGCUCGGCCGAAGACACCGAUGGUGGCGAUGGAGUUGUUGGCAUGGGUGCCGACGAUGACGACGAUUCUGAUAAUCGACAACAUUCAAUAUUUGAUAUACCCGAUGAUGGACCUUAUGUGUCCAUGUACGAUAAAGUGAAGGCAAGAUCGUGUAAAAAUAUGCAAAAACAAGAAGAGGAAAAGAAAAUAAAAGCGAAAUUUUCACAACUCAAACAAUCUCGAGCCAAGCGUGAAGAAAAGAAAAGAUCCACCAGCUAUGAUGGAGACUCCGACUCAGAUUUUGAUGGUGCCAGCAGUGAACAUCAGAAACACAAUCGCAGUGGAGGUUCCUACAAAAUGCUUACCGGAGGCUUAUCGUCAUCUGAUGACGAUCAAGAUAUGGAAGCUGGGGCUAAAACUCCAAGCAGAGAUAGAAGACGUAGCUCUCAAGCAUCUUCGUCAGCCACCUCCAUACAUCCCAAUCGUUUGUGCUCCGACUCUGAUGACAAUUCCAUCACACAACGACGCCUUAAACUGCAAGACAACAUUAGACGUCUGUGUGACGAUGGGGACGAUACUUCGGAAGAUGAUUUAAUAAGACGUCACAACAGUAGUCUCGCUACUAAACGUUUAUUACAUCAUACCUCUCGCAUAGCUUCAGAUUCUGAAUCUCAAUCCCAAUCUGCAGUUGAUAUUAAACUAAAACAAGAGCCCUUGGAAACUUCCAAUGAUGGUGCUACUACCCCUGUGUUGAAGCAUUUGAAACAAAAAAUUAAAAAGGAAGUAGAGGCCAUGGAAGCAUCCGGCGAAAAUACAGAUUUUAAUGAGUAUAAGAUCAAGGGUCUCAGCUCGAUGUGUUCAUCGGCAGACGAGCAAUCUAAUAUCAAGUCAGAAAUAGCUGGAGAACUCUUAUCUGCCAAUGAAAUUAAGAAAGAAUCUAAAGAUUAUUAUGCUGAUGAAUAUUUGCAAUCUGAACAGAAAUUCCAUAAAUCUCCGAUGACGACCGCCUCACAACACUGUUCCCCCGAACAGGCAAAAAUAAAGAAGCAUAAAAAGAGCAAAAAACGCCAGAAAACUCCAACACAAGAUGCGUUGGCUAAAGAACAAGUUGUAGCCGACACUUUGGUCAAACAUGCUCCUCAAGCCACUAACUCUGCCUUUUUGGCCCUUACCAAUGAUACGAAGAAUACCAAACUUUUAUCAUCGCCCUGCUACGAUGCAUUCGAUGAACUUAAACGUGGAGACACAUUGGUGACUCAUACCUCUCCUGAGCUGCAGGUGACUGCAGAAAAGAAGCGACAUAAAGAACGCAAGGAGAAGAAACGUGAAAAACUAAGACACAUGAGUGCUGAUGUGGGUUCCGGUGUGGAAUUAGAUAAAAUGGUGUAUGAAAAGGAAAAACAUCGUUUAAAGAAAUCUAAAAAAUCAAAAAGUUUAGAUGUAAUGCGUCAAACUUCGACUUCUACUACAACUGUAUCCAGUACAGUAAACGUACAACAACCAUUAAUGCCAGCUGUACCAGCAGCAUCAUGUACACCUCAACAUAAACAGCGCAGUGGAGGUGAGAAAAUGGAAGAUAUAUUCGGUCCCAUUUCUGACGAAGACGAUGAAGAUUUAUCAGAUAGCGAUAUUGGAGGAAGAGAUUUAAAUUGCAUACCCAAUCGCAAUACCUCGUCUUCGAAUAUGCCAGGACCCAUCGUUUCGGCCGCUCUCAAUCCCUACAAGCAGGAACCUUUAACACCCAAAUCUCAUACAGUGGAAGAAAAUGAAGAAAACAAGCAAAAACUUACAUGUACCACCAUAAUUGGUGCUUCGGCACACUUAGAACGAGUGGCCGAACGACAACAUCGUAAAGAGAAACGAGAAAAGAAGCGCAAAGAACGUGAAAAGUCGCGAAGCUCUGAACAAAAUCAAUCUCUCGGCUUUAUGCCUUCGCCAGCGGUGUCAACAGCUAAACCCAUGGAAGAUGAAAACAGCGUAGAUUUAGAUGCAGCCGGCAGAGCUUUAGAGGCACAGCUUAUGGAAGAUUCAGACAAUAAAACUUUAGAAGAUGCCACACCCUCUACAGCCAACACAUAUCGCAGUGAUAUGACCGAUGUUUUCCUUUUCUCUGACUGCGAUGAAAAUUCCUUAGAAAUGUCCUCCACGAAUAAACAUGAGAAAAAGGAAACCGAAAAGGAGCACACCGCCACCAUUAGUUGUAAAAAUAAAGAGAAAAAGAAAAAGAAGAAACGCUCGAAAGAGGAAAAGCAAUUGCAUCAUCAGAGACGCGAAUCUUCUUCAUCGAAUGCCUCACAGCUGGCCUCGAAUAUGGUGGCUCCAUCUACAUCCACUACCACAAAGCUAACAAUUGAUGUCCAAGCCGCCACAAAGCAUGCUCAAAAGUCGUCCGAAGAACAUUUGCCAACCACAUCUUCACCUCUCUGCAAACCAUCUCCUUCAUUACCAUGUCUAAUAGGAGACGACGAUGAUGAUUUAAACGCCUUACAAGCUGCCAAAUCAACACCAAAUACACCCUUAACGAAUGUCUGCACUUCAAUAUGUACUACACCCCGUCGUUCGUCCUCCAAAGACAUGCUCACUUUGUCGCCGCACCUGAAAGAUAAACAAAUGAUCAGUCCUAUACCCAAGACACCUACAAUAAACCACAAUAGUGGCCUUAACACAUCAGAGAACUUGAGCAAAAUUGAAGCAACGACUCCAAGCACACCCACCUCGUCAAUGGUGGGCGCGGUUGAUAAUGCUAAUGCAAUUAUGCAUACAACACCAACGUCUUCCACAGCUGCUGCGGCCAAAAGCUUAAACAAAUCUAAUGAUUCUGCUAAUUCAAAUAUAAUGGAUUCACCCUCGUCAUCGUUGCAUACCACACAGCAGAAGAAAAAACCAGAAAUCUUUAUACCAGGAUUUGAUGGUGAAAUUGAUGAACGCAUCAGUGAAUCCGCUGUUCAAUCAAUAUCAGCUGAAUUCAAUCCUAUAUUGGAUCCCAUGGCCGAUGAGCCGAAAAUACCGGUCGAAUCGCCUCCUGAUGCUUCGAAAUUGGAAAAACUAGAAGAAUCGAAGUCGAGAGUAACAAUAUCACAAGAGGAAACCGAAAGUGCUGUUUCGGCCUUGCUGGGAGAAAGUUUUGGAAAUUCCUCGGCGGACUAUUCAUUCAACGAUGAUGAUGACGGACUGGAUGACUUAAAUAACGUCAUCACAGAUCCUGAACCAGUAAUGGCACCAGGCGAACCAGACGAAGAGGCCGCCUUAGCUGCUAAAGCAAUUGAAUGUGAAGUGGCCAGUUCGGCGAUAGCCGACACUGUCGAAGAAGACUCCGAGGAGGUGUGCAAAGCCGUUCAAAGUUUAAGACAAGAAGAGCUUGACGUCAAAGCCGAUACACCUCAGUCAGUAAGAGAUUUACAAAUUGACACCGAUACCGAGGAGAAUGUGGAUGAGGCCGACAGUAGUGGCAGUCACAGUUUGAAAAUCGAUGAGACAGCUCAAUCCAACAACAGUUCAACUGCUUCGGAUAAGGCUAGUACCACAAAUCCAGCAACGAAAGAACCACCACAGUCAACUACUACAGAAACUGAGGGAAAUCCAAUAGCCAAGUCUUCUGUUAUAACCAAGGUAGAGUCUCCUACCAAGACACAAGGAUUAAAUGUCGUUUCCGCUGAACCAAAAAUAGAACCUCCAACCAUUAGUAAACAAGAUCAGCCGGCAGUACAACCGGUACAGGCUGUAUUGUCACCUGUAGCCGUGGAAGUAUCUGUAGCAUCAACCGCAUCAACAUCUGCGGUUGUCUCGAGCUCUAGCAUCUCGACCUCCAUAAAUACUACAACUUUGGCAGGCGUGACAGUGUCUUACCCCUCUACGCCCAUUAAGACUUCCAUAACGUUUGCUCCAAAUUCAACUAGCUCUUCAACACCAAAACAAACACAUUUAGCUAUAGGAAAGUCAAUUACAUCACCAGCUACUGGCUAUGUCAUGCAACCACCUACCAUAACAAUACCAGAACCGUCUCAACACUUUGUGGUACCACAAUUAGUGCUGUCCCCAAGAGGAGUUGUCACAAACGCUCAUCAUAAUGAUUCGUCAUCGUCGUCCUCCUCAGCCUCAAUGCAUUCACCAAGUGGACUUCACAUGCCACCACAAUCGCCGGUAGGUGCUGCUUACCUAAUGGGUGUAAGAGCACAAUCACCUCAUAGCCCCAGACAACAUACGUCUCGAGGAAAUACCCCAACACCACGGCAGUCAAGUCCCCACACUCCUACACCCACACCAGUUGCUCCAAUUGCGGUGACACCUCAACAUCAGCAGCAGCAAAAUAUUUUAAUACAGAGAACGGUGCAGCAACAUCAACAAAAUCUGAUGUCACCACCUUCUCAGGGUCAUGUUUCACAAAACAACAGUCCCUUGGCAAGCCCCACAAUGCAGCAACGUCAACAUGCUCAGGGAACGUCCAUGCACAAGGUUAUGCCUCAGCAGCAGCAACAAUCGUCGCCUAAUGCUCCAGAGCAGCAUAUGAUUAAAAUAAAUAACUAUUCAACACCACCUUCACAUAAUCUGAAUAUGGUGAAUAUACGCAUUCCACCACCGUCCAGCUCGCAACAGCAGCACGGUCAGCUGCCUUCACCACAACAGCAGUGUCAUGGAAAAACUGUUAUUGAUCCGCAAAAUCAGCAGCAGCAGCAACAACAUGUGGUACCGAUGGGACAACAUAUUCUACCUAUUUCAGUGCAAAAAAUGCCUCCUGUACCGACACAUCCCACAAUUAUCAGCAAAGUUGUAACGGUAACACCACAACAAGCACAGCAAUCAAUGAUGCAACAAGCAGCAAACCCUGGUGGUAACAUGUAUUCCCCUCCCACAACUGGCGGCAGUGGUGGCAAUCAAUCACGUCAAUCUCCCCAGAUGUUACAACAAUUAGGUGGUAAAACGAUGCAUCAACAGCAACAAUCGCCUCAAAUACAGUUUAUGCAACAACAGCAAAGACAACAGCAGCAACAUAUGAUGCAAAUGCAACAGCAACAAAUGAUGCAUCAACAGCAAAAGCUGCCGCAACAACAACAACAGGCAUCUUUGUUAGCUCAGCAGCAACAGCAACAAACUCAACAUAAUUUUGUAGUAGCGCAACAACGAAAUCUUCCUUCUCCCCAACAAAUACAACAACAGUCACAAAAUAGCCAACAACUGAAAGUACAAUAUCAGCAACAUCAAAUGUUAGCUCCUUCACAGCAGUCUCCCACCCAACAACAACAAAAUAUAAUACAAAAUUCACCGUUGCCACAAAGAUUUUUAGUACAGCAACAUAUUGUUGGUAUGCCAUCACAACAGCAGCAGCAACACUCCGGGCCACAUCAACAGCCCCAGACAAAUUCUUCGCCGAAUCAACUACAAAAUUCAAGUACACAACAAAAACCAACUCCCAUAUAUACAAAACAACAACAGCAACAUCAUCAUUUGCAGCAAAGACAACAAUCACCAUCGCCUCAAAGAUUGCUUCAACAACAGCCUGAGUUGAUUAAAGAAGCUCCUCGAGUUAUCAUGUCGACUAAUCAAUCCGCACAACCAAGUGAACAAUUGGCAACGACACCAGCAACGUCUAAAGCAAAUGGUGACAAGCACAGCACCUCUCCCACCACAACUAUGUCCAUAGGAAACAAACCAGCAGAAGGAGUUUCGGUUAUAAGAACACCGACACCUACAACAAUGGCAGCGUCGCCAGCAGCAUUAACCACACUCACGCCAAAUACAAUUAUGGCUUCCAAUAAAGGGUCACCCACGACAACAGCAGCCAUAAACACUUCCCGUUCUGUACCCCUAACCGAGGAGAAUGUCAUUAAAAUAUCACCACCCAAACAUGACGAAAUUGAGCAAGAUUCUAAAGAGGACAGUGACUAUUGGUCGGCCAAGGAAUUGAAUGUGGUUGAAUCAAAUAACACAUCUAAUUCUAAUGGCAGUUCUGUGAGCACAGUUAUCAAAAAGAAUGAAUCGGUAAACUCUGCGGAAGCAACCGUUCCGGCUCCUAGCCUAAGCUCAACCUCAAUUGCUAAGGAGCAACGGUCAGAAGAAACAAAAUCUUCCCAAACUCAACAAAAUAAAGCCGAUUCCAAAUCCAGCGAUCAGGCAGAAAAGUGUGAUGUCACUGUUGUCAACUCUUUGGAGUCACAAGAAAAUACUACCAGUUAUUCCCAAUCGGGUAAUGUUACAACAGAUCAUGAUACUGAGGACGAAACGGAAACACAGCAAAUGCCAGCUUUUGAGCAGGUACCAGUCCAGGGAAGACCUAGCACUAGAGGUACUGGCGCUAAACGUGGCCGUCAACCUAGAGGUGGCAAGAAAGCUGCUGCAGCUGCAGCUGCUUCUGUUACGAAUAGCAAUACUGCAAUAAAUGCAAAUGUCAAUGCACAGCAGUUGCAAACUGAAUUGGGUGCCGCUGCUGGCGUGCAGACCCGUUUGCGUAAACCAAAUAGUGGAACACCUGCUACUCGGGGUCGCAAGGGUAGACCACCCAGGAAUUUGUUGUUACAACAACAACAAAUGCAACAACAACAACAACAGCAUCAUGAGCAGAUUACACCGACGCCCCAAACACCAUCUCCAAACAGUACACCAACGGCAACGACUACAACUGUGCCCUUGGCCACAACUGCUGUUCUAACUGCUGCAGAAAAGAAAGCACGUAGUCAAGCGGCAGUAGCUGCUGCGGCCUUGGCUUCAUUAGCUGAGAGUAAUCAACAGCAACAACAUCAAGAUGUCUAUGAAUUCCACGAUGAAUCUGGAGACGAGAGUAAAACAACAACCGUUUCCACUGCGCCCACCGCUAAUGCAGCAAACAGUGAUCACCGGCCGCGCUUGAUUUUAACCAUCAAAAGUCCGGCUCCAGGUUCAACUCCUUUGGUUAAAGCUUCCGAGAAAACUGUAAACAUAGAAUCAACAACAGUGAAAACUCUCAACGAAUCUCCAACAGCUCACUCUGCUUUGCCAGAAAAUUUAGGAAAUGCCAAUCAGUCUUCAAUUCAACAGACAAAUCAAGCAGAACCUACUGUUGCUGAACUAGCAGCUGCGGCCAACACACGUAAAUCGCGUCGCUUGUUGGAAAAAGAUCGUAGCACAAUUGAUGAUAUAAUUGAGGAUGUGGUUAGAAAUACUGCUACUAAUGCUGCUGUCGCAAAUGCGGUAGCAAACUUAGCAGCUACAGUAGCUCCUACGAAUGUUUUGACCAGCACUCUUCCAAAAGGAGCGCAAACGCCGCCACGGCGUUCCGGACGCAAUUCCAGCCAAUCAAAACCCUCAAAAUCGGCUGAAGCUAUGCACUCAAUGGCAGCCAAUCCUAUUGGUAGGCCUAGAAAGUCCAAAGAUCGUAAAAAUACUAAUGAAUUGGAUAUUGAGCAAACUCCCUCGCCACAACCCAAACAUAUAGUGCACGAUAUUAGCGAUGUGGAAGAUGCAAAAUCUAUAAGUACUCCACCUCCAGCAGAUAUAAAUAAUGUACAGACAACACAAUUACAGUCACAAGCCAUACAAGUUUCUGCUGCCAAUACGACAUCAUUGCAACAGCCAGCAACGCCACAAACAUUAACUGCUGCAGCUUCAUCAAGUAUGCCGCAGCAUCCUAAGAAGAAAGCUUUAGCAGCAGCUGAAAUUGAAUCGUUUCAAUCUUCUGUCCCAACAACUGCAACACCAAAUAUACAUUCUGCCCUGCCGGCUGGUGGUGUUCCCAUGCUAAAUACUGCCGCCCCUGCAACACAAAAAACAACUGGUGGUGCGGCUGAUUCUGUAAAUAAGCCCCUGAUAGAUCCUGUCACUGGUGUGGUCUCUGGUUUGCAAAUGCAACAUGCCAAAGAAGGUAAUUUACCCUCCGCAACUGCAGCUUCGCAACCCUUACGUGGUCCAAUGGAUCCUAAGAAAAUGAUGCAAGCCGCUGCAGCUGCGGCAGCUGCCGAAAAUAGCACGCUUAACAGUAAAUUACUAAAUACAUCAUCAUUAGUUGGUUCAGUUGCCACUCCAAUCACUUCAUUGACGAAACCACAACAAACAGAGGCCACAGCUGCCCAAAUGGUAGCUUCUACAGUGGCUUCCACUAUGUUGAAUAAGUCGGUCAGUGUAGUGGUGAAAACUUCAACACUGCCACCUACAUCCACAUCGGCAGCCAAUAUCGUGAUGCAGCAACAACAACAACAACAUUUGCAAAUGUCUCAGACUAAUCAACAGUCACAACAACAUCAGCAGCAGCAGCAGCAGCAAAGGCAAGAUAUGGGAACUGCCCAGAAACAGCCAAUAAUAAUGCAACAACAAACUGCAUCUGUUAUGCAUGCACAACAUACGAAUGUUCGUCCUCCUACAAGCCUCAAAGCUCAUGUAUUAAACAGUCAAAAAUUACAGCAGCAGCAGCAAACGGGACAACAACAAUAUAUGACACAGCAACAGGCUGCACAACAGCAACAACAAACACACCAAAUGUUGCAGACUGGAGGAGGAAUGUCCCAAACUCCAACACAUGUAAUACAAAGACCAACAAUUGCAACAACAGCUAAUCAACAACAAUUGCCACAAGCAAACAAACAAUUAUUGGUCAAUAUACCACCAACAUCAUUGGCAACACAUCCAUCACAUGCUCAGGCAAAUGCUUUAAAUUCACCACGGCAUCUUCCCCAACAUUCACAGCAACAUCAGCAACCACCGCAGUCCAUGUCAUCACAACAGUCUUUGGUUAUUAAGCAAGCUCAUGACAUGCAUACACCACAAGUUCUACACGUGGUUAGUUCCAAGACUUCAGGACCAACAACAGGUCCCAACAAACCCCUACAAUCGUCUUCAACAACCACGGUACACCAACAGCAGCCACCUAAUGCAUCACCUCAUCCCUCAUACACAACUUAUAUACAAACGCCAAACGUUGGAGUUCAUUCGAAACAACAGCUGCCCCAAAAACCAGUUGUGAUACACCAACAAACACUCGGAGUUCCACAGAAGAGCUCAACAAUACCUUUGGCAAUGACUCCGGGAAUUUUACCACCUCACCCCUCCAUGGUAAUACAAACGAAAACUUCUGCUCCUGCUCAAUCCCCAUCAGCUGGAGCGUCUGCAACUCCAUCUGGUCAUUUGCAACAUGCAAAUCAGCAUACACCUUCACCACCCUUACAGCUACCGCCACAACAUUUGGUUAAAUCAUCGAAUAAUCCAAUGAUCCACAGUAUGCAAACGCAAGGAGCGCCCCACGCCUUGAAUGCAGUUCCCUCGACAUCGCCGCCCUCAGCAGUGAAGCCAAAUGCGCAACAAUCCUCAAUAGCCUCUAAUGUAGGAGCUUCUAGUAUGCGCACGGCCAUACCGACAAUUAGUCCACAAAGUCAAACCCGUAUAUUGCUACCAGGUGGUAUACAAGUACCGGCACAUUUUGAAACAAGCAUGAGCGAAGCCUCAUUCCCCGGAGGAAUGGGUAGAGUGGGAGUACCAACCCGUGAACACAUAAUGAUUUAUCAGCACCUGUUGCGUCAACACGAGCCCUUAAAUCCGCCUGUUUUGCGUGAAUACGAAGAAAAGUUAUUGGGCAGUAGUCCUCCCUUAGAAUUGAGAAGACCCGGAAGUGUACCAAGAACAGUAGCUGUACCACAUAGUCUACAAAGUCCACAAGAUCGGGCAACUGAUUCUCCCCAAGUGGCACAAGUAUACGUACACAACACCCGCAUACCUGCCCAUACACAUUACGAUGUAACUGGUCGUGCUGCUGUUGCAGCUCAGCCAUCAGCAUAUUAUGAUGCUUCACGGCAAAUACCCUUGGAACCACCACCAGCUCAUAGAUCGGCUCCUGUGCAUAGUGUGGUCGCCCCACCACCACCUCCAACAGUUGUUGUUCCACAUCCCUCGGCCGGCAGCAGCAGUCCAUUUAUGCCUGCCGCCCCUCCAGCCUCAGCCGUUCAGGCAACACCAUCUUCAGCGCCUCCCGGUCAUCAUUCUAAGAUAUUGGAACGUGAAAGAGAACAGCGCGAAAGGGAACGUGAACAACAAUUGUUGCGUCAAAAAGAACAAAUUAUGGUUAGAACAGGAGCAGAUGGACACAGUAUGCAAGUUGCUACACCCCCACCUCAUCAACAGCCUUCCGCUUCUCAUCAACUACCGCCCCAUAGCCAACAACCUCCACCACCCCAAGCGGAUUCUUUGCUUACGCUGUUGCAGCGUUAUCCCGUUAUGUGGCAGGGCUUAUUGGCUCUGAAAACCGAUCAGGCUGCAGUGCAAAUGCAUUUCGUUUUCGGAAAUCCCCAUGUGGCUCGUGCAUCAUUGCCCUGCAAUAGUGACGGCAGCACACCACCCUUACGUAUUGCCCAACGUAUGCGUUUGGAGCAAACUCAACUAGAAGGUGUUGCGAAAAAGAUGCAGUUUGAAAAUGAACAUUGUAUGUUGUUAGCUCUACCUUGUGGUCGCGAUCAUGCUGAUGUGCUGCAACAGUCUCGCAAUCUACAAUCCGGCUUCAUAACCUACUUACAACAGAAAAUGGCUGCUGGUAUCGUGAAUAUUCCCAUGCCAGGAAGUGAACAAGCUGCUUAUGUUGUACACAUAUUUCCAUCAUGUGAUUUUGCCAAUGAAAAUUUAGAAAAGGCAGCACCAGAUCUUAAAAAUCGUGUAGCAGACAUAGCUCAUCUAUUAAUAGUGAUUGCUACUGUCUAAAACCAAACCAAAACUAACUAAUUAAUUAAUAAACGUGAGUGAGUGAGUAUAAUGAAAUACUGUCUAACUUACUAAAUACCGGCUAAGACUUGCAAAACAAAUCAGAAUUGACAAAAACCCGAAAAGAUCAUUUAAAAAAACCGGCUAAGACAACUACAAACAAAAAUUGUGAUGAUACCAAGAAAUGAAAGAGAAUAUAAAACAAAAAGAACUUGUAUUUUUAAUUUAAAUUCUGAAAGAAAAACAACUAAAACACAAAGCAUGAUUUCAUGCUUAACAUUAUAAAUAAAUUAAUAAUUAUUAUAAUAAUAAAGUAAAGGACUAAAUGUUAAAUAUUCUUAAAUAAUACAAAAAAAACUAAAAAAAAACACAUAAAUAAAAUUGUACUGUAGCAAAAUCUUAUAAUUUUGAGAAAAAAAAUUCUACAAAUUAACUAUAUAUAUACACAUUAUUAUAAAAUAACAAAUAGAUAGAGAAAAAAACAAAACAAAAUGUAAAAAUAUCUUUAAAUACAAAAA